UCCACCACCGUGUAUUAAAGCCUCACAAUGUGUGGACGUCGCCAGUCUCAGUGAGCAACUGGUCUUUUCCCCGGCUAAGCCAUGUAAAUGAGGUGCUUCAUUAUGUUAUCUCAUUCUUCUCCAUUGCCGAUUGAAGUGAACUAAUAUUUUACGGCGUACGCCAAUCCACACUAGCAUUACCUACAAUAUAAAAUCUAGCAUAUCAACAGAACCAUCUUUCAGUCGCUUAAGCCCCAAUUUCCCUCAUCAUGUCUGUGCAAUCUGCGCAAUGCGCUCUCGGAACGACCGUCCCUCCCGAUACACCAGCUUUCACAUCAAUCACCGGUUACGGCCACUACUACACAUCUCCAGAACCCUCUACGCUUCUCGGUACAGGAGGAAAGGAUAUUCCCUUGAACUUAUCUUUCGAAAUUGUGGAAGAUGAUGAGGGUAUUUUUAUUUCGAGGGCAGCAGCGGUUUGGCAGGGUGCUAUUCCCAAGAGAGCAAUUAUCCCUCUUCCUGUUCGAGUGCGCGCGCUGCCCACAGGCACCGUUCAAGGUCAUACUGUCGCUAAUCUGGCCGAUUCCACUUCCUCCAAUGACACUUCCACCAUGUCACACGACAUGCAGAUUUGCACCGAUGAAGUGGCUCAAGAGCAUUCCGACGUGUUUCAGAGUAUCUCGGCGACACCAGGUCUUCGGUCAUGGAGUUUUGAGGAAUUACGUACAGAAUGCUACUCACAAUCUCGUCUUGCCACUGGCUGUGCUCCUCGAGCAGUCCCUCCUGGCGCGCCGUCCUGGAUGAUCAUUCCCCCAGCUUUCACUCCCUACAAAGUGAUGACUUAGCUUGGGAUAUGCAUCCAGUUGUGGGGUAGUCAUAUGUGAAUGGUUGUUCGAUC